AAAUUUUCCCUACCUCAGCUGCAGCUGUUUCCAGUUCGGUGCCAUCUCGUUUCUCCCUACAUUUAUUUAUUUUUGUGCCUCAAAUUUACGUCCUUAUCACUAAGUAUAUUUCAUUUUCGGAGAACCUUGUCCACCCUGUGAGUAUUUCAUCUUCACAUGAUUAACUAUCGUAUUUAACGAUGUUCGCAUAUCGUCGCACCAUAUUUCACGUCUGAAGUCCUCAAAGGAAUUGCCAAUUUGGAAGUGGCAGGUAGCUGAAGUCUGUAGGGGAGUAAUAUCUCAAAGUGAAGCAAUUAUCUCGAAGCAAUCUUGAGGUUUCUUUUGUUCUGUGCCAAUAAUAAAUCUUUGGAUAGCCUCCGCAUCUCUUCAUUUAGUUAAAAAUUGGAAGAGUUGUUCUUAGUCAGUUUUUUGAGAUGGAUUAAGACAACAUUAAAAAUGGAGACAGGUAAAAACAAUUUUGAAAAUUUUGUGAAGAAAAUAAAUCCUGAUCGCUUGAAAAACCAGUUGCGGAGUUUUCGGCAAUAUUUUUCGAGCCCAUCCUCCAGUAGCAAUGAAUCAUUCAAAGUAAAAUUGAAUAAUUUAACAGAAUCCCUAGUAUCUCUCUCGCAACGCUCUCAAUUUAAUCUGAAUAUAGCAGGAAACAAGUCAAAUAUUUCCUCUGAAGAAAAGGAUCCUAUCACAGACAGGAAUGCAGAAUCAUCUAAUUUGGGAGGCUUCAGUGUAGAGAAGCCACAAGAUUUCAGGAACUCAAGCACCACGGAGGGACGGGAGGAUGGUUCACUCGGUUCACACUCUCAACCAGCACGAUCAUUUUCAACCAAGAAAACAACGUUAGAUGAAAUUGAGUGUGAGGAAAUAGCGGAGUCUUUUGUAACGGGGAUUAUAAAUGAGAGUCGUGAAUCUGCACAGAGAUUAUUCUCUCAACGUGCCAAUGAUUGUGUCGAGGAAAUUUUGGUCAAGAGCCUGCACAAGAUCAACAGAUUGGGCAAGCAUGAGCGGGAAGACGCAGAGCUCAAACUUAAGUUUGAGAUCUGUGCAGGUGACUCAGUUGAAAUCGUUGCUCAGAAGCUGAUCGAGGAGAUCAUAUUCCGUAGUUGUAAAUAUGUGAAUGAAUGUAUAGUACAUGAGUGCGAGCGAGCAGCAAAGAUUUUAGUUCAAGAAAUUAUCCACAAAAGUGAAGAGCAUGUGAACCAGCGCCGUAAAAAGAAGCGCCUCGCGGAGAUUAAUGAUGCUUGGAACAGCGAAUGCUCAAACUAUCCAAGUACAAGAAGUGUAAAAGGCAAUAAUGUCCGCUCUGCUGUUAAGAUGGAAGAAAGAACAAGUGCAACUUGCAUCCCGAGUGUGUUCGUUGAGACCGACAGUGAUUGUGCUCAGGAAAAUACUGUCAAAAGCAAAGCUGGGACCAACUUAGAGCUGACACUGCCGCUGUGUUCGCUGACUCCGGACACUUCACCUCGCAAUAAAUCCCCUGUUACCGUCCAAGAAUGGGUUGAUGCUCUUCCUCUCCUACCAAGUGAAACUGCCCGAGUAGAGGAUGAAGUCAAUGAAGGACGACAAAGCAGCUCUCCAGAACUUCUCGUCAGUGCAGACAAUUUGAACCUAGGAGCUGAAGCUCAGUCUCUUUGCGGCGUUUUCACCAACAGGAUUGUAAAUGAGAGUGCUGAUAUUGAUGAUGCAGGCAGUCAUUGUUCUAGUGGAGUAGACUCUUUGCUAGAAGCACGGAAAGUAGAUCCAGAGGAGGUUCUGCUCAGCUUGGGAUUUGGUCGAGCUCCGCAGUAUGCGGACCCUGGGCGUAUUCCCCAGCGAUUCUUGCAGCCCUCCAAGUUGAAAGGCGUUGUCAUCGACGAUUUUCUCCGCCAUCAGCAAGACCUUGUCCAUACAUUUGAAUCAGGAUUUUGUGGCUACCGAGGAUUAACAGGUCCUUCUCAUGCAGCUCCUUCAGUAAUAGUGGCCAAAAUUAUGGAGCGACUUCGAGAGAAGGAACGCGAACGGGAGGCCGACUUCUCCAUUCGGCGAGCGAGCAGACACAGCCGACCCAGCUCAACGUCUUCUGACAAAUCAGCCUCCAUGGAAAAACACCAAGGCCGAUUCAACAAAGCAGCGCGCAACAUCUUGACCAAAGUCAAGUGUACUCCUGGGAGCGUUUUAACACCAGACAACCGGCGUUGGUUGGACAGUCAAGGGGACAAGUCACCAGAUGUGCCAAGACGGAUAAUAAUCGGUCAACGCUCUUUUACCUUUAGUAGAGACGGUGAUCUCAUUGAGUCACCCCCUUCUAGUCUUACAGAUAGUGACAGCCGUUGGACAAGUAGCACAGAAGCUCACAAGCCUACAAUAGAUGCAGAUCAUAGUAGAUUUUUAUUUCCAUCAAUAGCAGAAGAUCAAAAAUCACAUGAAGGCACCACCCCAGAAGGGAAUAGCCCUGGUAGCAAACAGUUUCUAAGUGAGGAACUGGAUAGUGGUAUAGUUGAAGGCCUCAACAGUCCGCUCAACAAUAUAACCGUACAAACAAGCCUGGAUAGCUGUAUGGAUAACUGUAGUUGUGAAGAAAAAGACUCCUUAGCUGCAGAUCAGAGCACUCUUAAUGCAGUAGUCAAUAAUUUUAGUGAUAGCAAUGCAAAUAUUUUGGUAAGCUCCCCAAACUCUGAAAUAAUAUCUGCAUCAUCACCAAGGAAUAUUAAUCAGUUAGUUUUAAGUGGAGACGAACAGAAUUUAACAAAUCGUCUCCUCAAUCCUCAAGCUGACGUGCUGAACAACAAUCCACGUGUAAUCAUCUAUGAACCAAAUCCAUUUGAAGAAGCAUUUCAGUCUCAGAGCCCUGUUAUUGACUUUUCAUGUGAUCAAAAGACUGAUAAAGUUAUAGAUUUGAAGUCAAGAAGUAUGUUAGAUCCUCCCAUGUCAUCUCCGAGUGGACCGAGGUCAUUACAAGAAGAGCUUGAAAGCGAGGAUCAAAGUUAUUUUAGCCAUACAAACCUGAAAAAAACUCCGCCUCAAACUCCCGGAUCCAUUUCUCCAAGUCCAGAACGAGAAUUGGAAGAGCUAUUAUCUGUCGUCCAGCCUUACAAUGAUCGCAACCCAUCGAAACAUGACUCUUUCUCAGAGUCAAGUGUCCUUUAUGAUAAUAUAAUAAAUUUUCCAAGAAGAUUGAGUAGUUUCUGUGAAUCACUGGAUCAUGUCAUCGAUUCCCUGGAAAAAAUCAUGCAUCCUCUCGAACAAACCUGCGAUUCAGCAACUGAGUCUGAUGCUGCCUCAACAUCUGGCAACUUUUGGAAGAACAAAUCAAUUGAGCAUCAGUAUGAAGAAUUGUGCACCCUAGGAUUCCAGUUACAGGAGAUCGGUAUUGAUUUGGAAAUCAUGUCUAAAGAGGAAUUCAAAGCCCUGGAUUCCAGUCAAAGAUGUGCUCUUCAAUGUACAGUCGUUCGUCAAGCAUUGAAUGCCUAUCUAAUGCAGUUAAACUCCGAUGAGACUAAUGCUGAGCUAAAAUCAUGCAUCAGGCCUGAAGUUCAGAAAGUGUCCGAUUUACUUGACACAAAUGAAGAUGCUCAAAAAUUAGCAGCUGUUGUAAAGCAGAUGACAUUACUACUUCAACACCAGUCUCAACUAAGUGAACAGCUACGUGAUUUAACAGCAAGUGGAAAGCCUUUGUGCGUAGAGCUUUGCGACAAAAUCUUCCGACGGGUGCGAGGCCUUGAGCUGCUAGUGCAGAAUAACGCACGAGAGUUGGCUGAAAUGAGACAACGACUCCAAGCAACAAGUUCAUCCUCGAGCAAAAACAGUUGAAAUGAAUCAGAGAGCAUGUCAUGGUCGACCCAAAUUUUAUUCAGAAAACUAGGAACUUUGUUUACCUUUAGCUGUGAGACUCGGAUAAAAUACGCGUAUCACAAAAUUGUGUAUCUCAUUAUCUGCUCCGCUUCAUGACAAAUAUUUCGAUCCGUCAGGCAGGAGCUCUGUUCUUCAACCAUGGAGGGGUACUCAAGUAUCAUGUAAUGCACUUUUUACAAUUGUUUGAACCCUCUCAACCCUCGUGAUGAAUUCAUGAAGUGAACCUGGACUCCCCUUAAUGUAUAAAAUGCUCUUGGCAGAAUUCAGUCUCCCCCUCCUCCAUUAAUUUUAAUCCGUUUAAUGACAAGGCAUUGCCCUAAAAUGUAUCAUUUUUCUCAAAAGUGGGAUCAUUAUGCAACUGACGUAUAAUGUGGAACAUUAGCUAGGUUUAAGCAACACAAGAUUAUAACGCUUAGCAUAUUCAACACUGUCCUCACCGCAAAUGUGUUAUGUAAUGUUUCAAUGCCUCCUGUUGGGUUUAGCAAAAAUACAAAAUUAUUCGUGUCAGUUUUUCAUUGCAACUCAAGUGAAUGAGUUUAAGAUUUUUUGCAAUGUAUUUUGGAAACCAAGUAUUCACCCCUCCUACACUCCACAAUCUCAGCUUUUAAAUGUAAGAAAUCAGCUUUAUGUUUUUUGAAGCAAUUUCUUGAGAUUAUAGUCUAGGUCUUCGCUAACUAACUCAACAGCAGUUCUUCCAUUGAUGAUUAUUUUACCAAGUCAUAUUAGUCUACCAUGUCCUGAAGAGUCAUAUUUAAAAAGAUGUUAAAAAUUAAGAUAAGAAAAAGCUGGAGAAAAUCAUCUACUAUUUUUAGUUUUUAAAACCAAUUUUUUAAAAAGAAGCAGAUAGUGUUUUUAAACUAGCAGUUAAGAGCAACAAAAGGAAAAAAGGAAUCAACAUCACUUGCGGCAUCUUUCUGCAGUGAUACAGAUAGCUGCAUUAUCAUGGGACUGAUCAUGGGAUGGAUACCAGCCUGUGGUUGGGCAAAAUCUUGUGCGGCAGGCUGAUUCUGCAGUAUAUUAUAAUGCAUAAUUCGGUUGUAAUUUAGUUCCUCGUUUUGGCCGUCUUAAAAUCUCCAUUGCAUUUGCUACAUAAUGCAGAGUGACAGACGACAGAUGAGGUCGGGACUGUCCAUGUUUAAUUUAAAGCAUUUUCUUGGGUCCAAUUCAGAUACUCAGUUCAUUUUUUCCUAAAAGGAAUAUUCUAAAAUUGUAUUCUAUAUUUUUUCAACACCCCUCAAAUGAUAAGCAACUUUAUUUACACAUAUCAAGCGGAUCAAUAUGUAGUCUAAAUUUAUUAUGUGAAACUGCACCUCUUCUAUUUGGGUCAAUUUGAUGUUUAUGCAUAUCAUAUAGUAGCUUUUCCAAUUCUAUUAUUUGUUAGUUUUAAACAACUAUGUAUUGUACAUCACUGCAAAUAUUGUUUGUCUUUCAUGUAACAUUCCAAUUUUAAUCAAUUCAGACUGAAAUUUAAGCCGAGAUAUUUCCUUUCAUGCAUAGAAAUUGCCCGGGUCAGAUAGCAUUUUUCAGGCCAAUAGUAACUUAUAUAACUUUUAUCUUACAAUGAAAUAAUGGAAGACAUUAAAAAAAUCUUGAGCUAUCACGCUCUGUAAACAAAGUUUGAAUGAUUCGUUCGAUUUUAUAACUCCAGUUCCUAACUGAGUUGCUUGCCAAUAGCAAGUGUCAUUUCGUUGACUUUGCUGUGUGAAUUUAAAACGAGGACAGCAUGCAAAGACUUAAAGCUUUGUCAAUUCACUAACCUUCUACGGAAAGCUCUUCAAUUUUCUGCGUCUUUGCUGGAAGUGAAAAGUAAUGUUACAAAAUUUGCAUCAUUUGCAUAAGUUGCAUAGGUGAUUAUAUCUUCUGAUAAACUUUUUUUUUCGGAUUUUCGAACUUUUUGUCGGAGAUAUUUGAAAUACUUUGUUAUUCGAGGGCCCAUUUUACCUGAGAUUUUUCUCUCACAUCUCUGUGAUUUUGCAAGGUUUAUCUCUCAAUUCUUCUUGCGCACUUAGUUUUUCUUCUUAAAUUAUUCUCAUUUUGAUAUAAUUUUUUGUACCUGUUUGUUCUAAAGAUAAGUAAUUCAUAGUAGAUAAUACCAUAAAGAAGCAGUCGUUCACAGUAUAAUCACAGUUUUAGUAGUAGUUUCAGAAGUCCACUCUAAGAAGAAGUGGUGUAGCAGUGUCGUUUUUCUAUUACAUCACCAAAUCUUUAGCUCAGAGCGGAAAGAUGAUGAUAAAUUUUUUCUGAUGAAUAGUCAUCAGUAAGUUCUCCUGAACAGCUUGAAAAAAUUUUACCUCAGUUUAACCUUGGGAAUCUCUGCUAAAUACUGAAAAUUCAAGAUGAGAUCAUGGUGAAAGGCAUAUUAUGGCCAUCUGAAAUUUUGAUGUUUGAAAAUCUGCAUAUUGUGUCAUGUGGAGAACCAUCUCCAAUAAAAUUUUGGUCGUCCAUUGCAGAUGUGAGGUCAGAAGUGCCUCCUGGUCAAACGAGGUGUCCCAAAUUAAAGAAUGACAGCCAAGUCUGAGGAGCAGAAGGGUAAAAUUUUUUGAUAUUCAUGUAGUGAGUCAAGAAGGUAUCAAUAAUCUAUUAGGAGCGAUGGGAAGUUGGCAAAUUUCAUUUAACCCUGCAUUGCCGUUAUGGUAGAAACCUCCAUAAUCUGUUUUAAAAAGUAAUUUAAAAACUUUUAGAAGGUGAACUUUCCCUGGUAAACUUUAACCUGGUUUCAUCUCUAUGCGUGGAAUCUGCUGCAAAACAAUUCUUUAAGAUCUUAGAAGCAUCAGGCUCUCUGAAUAUGAAAAAUUUUGAGGAAAAACUAGAAAGACCAGUGGAACUAGCAGAUAAACUAGUGGAUUUUGCCAACUAUUCACUGGACCUCUUGUUGACGCACAAUACCUCAUAUUAGCAUAUGCCACUUCUUCAAACAGGGAACUUAGUUCGUUUAUUUUUAAGUGCACUUGUUUGGCUAACAAUAUAGGUGACUGUAAUUAAUUUUUGGUCAAGCUGUACAAUUAUUACUAACAAUUAAUAUUAGUUUGAAAAGAUUCUGUCCAAUUUUGUGCCAAAUGGAAGCUAAACCCAGCAACUGUGGGUAACAGUGCAUAUUGUUGAAACUUGUAAGAGACAUGAUGAGAAAAAAGGUUUCAAGGGUAGCGUUAAAUUAAAAAAUUUUCUCUUGAGAUUUUGCAAGGUACAUAAGUUUAAAUGAGGAAGAAUGGCUCAUCAGCCCUCUCUCAAUGUGAUUUUAUCUUUCAGUAAUUGUGACGCCAUUCAAGUGUCUUGUAAAGCUAAUUGAAGGCGAAUAAUCUAAGUUCUUGUUGAAAAGAGGAAAGGGGCGCGUAUAAAAUAACUCUAAAUAAAUUUAAAACAUCUUAUUUUGUAUUGAAAACCGAUUAAUAUGAUAAGCUGGAGCUUGCUUUUUUCAAGAAAACUCAAUCAAAAACAUUAGAGCCGUUUUUGAGGGCGAACCAUGGUUAAGGUCUGUUAAGUUUUAGAUGUGUGAUAGAAAGAGCAAAAGAUUAACAAAAAAUGCAAGAAGUCUGUUAUUUGAUAGUUGAAUGACCCCUAAGGUUAUCCUGUACCCUGGAUGGUUAUGAAAAGGCAACUAUCCUUGACUCCCUUUGUUGGGUUUUCAAUCGACUGAAGAAUAUUAGAGCUUUAGAGUUUUAAAGUAUACUUUGACAAGAAAAUGAUCCUGAUCGAAUGAUAGCUUCAUUAUUUGGCUAAAUCACAAAAACCCCUCUGUGAAAGCAAUUCUCAGCCAUAGUCACAAUCAGUUCACGUUGACUCUAACUCUUCAAAUCUCAGUCCAUGCCAUGCCCAUUUGGUCUGAUUAUAUUUAACACCUCGGCUACAAUUGCUCUGAGAACAUAUUUCCACUGUUGCCGCAGGUUGACAAGUCAUUUUGACUAGUGAACCAAAAUAGGAAUUCUUCAUGAUUGUCUGAUAUCCUGUCAGAUAUGGGCUAUUCAUUGUUACUCAGAUCAAUGAUCGGAUGUUGCAACGCAAACCUGCCAUGUCUUUAGGACAGGUGCAGUGUUUGUGGUAGUGCUUGCGUUCCUUCAAAAGUACCUGUAUGACAGGGAAGAUUUUUAUCAUUUUAUUUAAAGAAAAUUUCCAAUGUUGGAAGAGCUUUGCAUUGAAAUUUUUUUGUUAAUGCUUAAUAAAAUUGUUGUAGAUUCAUUUAAAGGAAUAAAUAUGAAAGUUCUGUGAUGUCAGAUUUUGAAACUCCUCGUCAGCAGCUGGUCUCUGUCUUGGGAGAUGAAAUUUGUGUUUGUUGUUAAUUGUUUGUGAUAUAAUACUAUUUAAUGAAUGCUUUUUAUUUAUUCUAUUUUUUUUUAUUUUUUCUCUGGAACCUCAGCCAGAAAUCUUCACAGCUCCUUCUAAGUAUGUGUUAGUUGUAAGGAAAAGCUUGAUAAUGUGAAGCCUUAUGACCUAAAAAUCUCUGUACUUUGCGAGCGCUUCCAAACAAAAGUAACAACAAAGAAAGUUACUUCAAAAUUGUCUCAUAUAAUCUUGUUUAUCUUGAAAUGUUUGUUAGAAAUAAAGGUGAAAAGAAUA